CUUUCCCUUUCCAAACCAAGUCAAAAUAUAACAUAACAUACAUUACUGAAGAAAAAAAAAAUUACAUAUUAGAACCAAACCAAGAUACAGUAUAAUAAACCAAUAUAUAUCACCACCAGCGUUUUGCUUUCUUAGAUUCUUAAGAGAAUGGGUCACACAACCUUGGAAGUUGGAGCUGAUGGGGUUGGCAUCAUCACCAUCAUCAAUCCCCCUGUUAAUUCUCUCUCCUUUGAUGUGUUGAGCAGUUUAAAGGAGAAUUUUGAUCAGGCUUUACACAGAGAUGAUGUCAAGGCAAUUGUUGUUACAGGUGCAAAGGGCAAAUUUUCUGGUGGUUUUGAUAUUGCUGGUUUUAGUAGAAUUCAAGCGGGAAAAGAGAUUUCAAACCCGAGUUUGCCAUCAGUUGAAAUCAUCACUGACACUGUGGAAGCGGCAAAGAAACCUACAGUUGCUGCCAUUGAUGGUCUUGCCCUGGGUGGGGGGUUAGAGCUUGCAAUGGCAUGCACGACUCGGUUAUCAACCCCAACUGCUCAACUAGGUUUGCCCGAACUUCAGCUGGGGUUAAUUCCCGGGUUUGGAGGGACGCAACGACUACCUCGUCUUGUUGGCCUGGCAAAGGCCCUUGAGAUGAUGCUGGAAGCUGAAGUCUUUGAAGGGCUGGUUACUUCAGAUACUUGCAAGAGCUUGGUUCACGUAUUUUUCUCUCAACGAGGAACAUCUAAGGUACCCGGGGUUACCGAUCGCGGGUUAAAACCAAGAGCAGUGAAAAGGGUUGCAAUUCUUGGUGGAGGACUGAUGGGCUCCGGAAUAGCAACAGCCUUAAUUCUUAGUGGCUAUCCUGUUCUCUUGAAAGAAGUAAAUCAGAAGUUCUUGGAUGCUGGUCUUAAUAGGGUUAAAGCAAAUUUACAAAGCCGUGUCAAGAAAGGGAAAACGACUCAGGCAAAAUUUGAAAAAACCUUGUCUCUUCUCAAAGGUACCCUUGACUAUGAAAACUUCAAAGAUGUGGAUCUGGUGAUUGAGGCUGUUAUUGAGAAGGUUGACUUAAAGCAACAGAUCUUUGCUGACCUUGAAAAGUUUUGUCCACCUCAUUGCAUUCUUGCAAGCAACACUUCCACAAUUGACUUAAACCUGAUCGGAAACAGGACCAAGUCCCAAGACCGGAUUGUUGGGGCCCAUUUCUUCAGCCCAGCACAUAUUAUGCCUCUCCUGGAAAUUGUACGUACCGAGCAUACAUCUGCCCAAAUAAUAGUUGAUUUGCUAGAUGUUGGAAGGAAGAUAAAAAAAACUCCAGUGGUGGUCGGAAACUGUACUGGAUUUGCUGUUAAUAGGAUGUUCUUCCCAUACACUCAAGCAGCUUUCUUGCUUGUUGAUCAUGGUGUAGAUGUUUACCGAAUUGACAAGGCAAUGAACCAAACAAGCAAUGAAGAAGCAAUAAACCUUUAUACCAACAAAUUGAUCUUGCAAGCAGCAUUGCAGCAAUACCAACAACAAGGCAAGAAUGCAUCAGGGAGUGGGUGGAUGGGUGACUGGGUCUUCGUCCUCGUCUUCGCGGUGGGUGGGUGA